UUCAAUCCAUCGCAUGUGGAGAGGGAUCUCGAGCUCCCUAUAAUUUUCUCUCCCAAUUCGGUCGCGUCCAAUCCUUAGCCGCGAGCUCGAGCUGUUCGGAUGGUGAAGGCGUGAGCUUUUCUUUCUUCCUUUGCUCGCCGGAGUUGAGCUGAGCUGAUUUGAGGUUGAGUUUGAGCUGGUUUGGUGAGUUUGAGUUGAAUUGGUGGGUGGGGAUGUCGAGGCGGCUGUCGUUGCCGGCGGGGGCGCCGGUGACGGUGGCGGUGUCGCCGGUAAGGAGCCCCGGGGGGGAUGGGGUGGUGAGGAGGGGGAGCGGGCUGACGAGCCCCGUGCCGAGGCACUCGCUCGGGUCGUCCACGGCGACGCUGCAGGUGUCGCCGGUGAGGCGGAGCGGCGGGAGCCGGUACGCCGCCGGCGCGUCGAGGGACGGCGUGGAGGAGAGCGCCGAGUUCGUGCACUACACCGUGCACAUCCCGCCCACCCCGGAGAGGGGGGCGUCCGUCGCGAGCGAGGCGGCGGGGGAGGAGGUGCACCGGCCGCAGAGGAGCUACAUCUCCGGGACGAUCUUCACCGGCGGGCUCAACUGCGCCACGCGCGGCCACGUGCUGGAUCUCUCCUCCGGCGCGGGCGGCAGGCCGGCGGCGUCCGGGAACAUGUCGUGCAAGAUGCGCGGCUGCGACAUGCCGGCCUUCCUCGACGCCGGCCGCCCGCCGUGCGACUGCGGGUUCAUGAUCUGCAAGGAGUGCUACGCGGAGUGCGUCGCCGCCGCCGGCAACUGCCCCGGCUGCAAGGAGGCCUUCUCCUCGGCCGGGAGCGACACCGACUCCGCCACCUCCGACGACGACGAGGCCGUCUCCUCCUCGGAGGAGAGGGACCAUCUGCCGCUCACCUCCAUGGCGAGGAAGUUCUCCGUGGUGCACUCCAUGAAGGUCCCCGGCGCCGGCGCCGGCGCCGGCAAGCCGGCCGAGUUCGACCACGCCCGCUGGCUCUUCGAGACCAAGGGCACCUACGGCUACGGCAACGCUCUCUGGCCCAAGGACGGCCACGCCGCCGGCGCCACCAACGGCUUCGUCGGCGUCGACGAGCCCCCCAACUUCGGCGCCCGCUGCCGCCGCCCCCUCACCCGCAAGACCAGCAUCUCCCAGGCCAUCCUUAGCCCUUACAGGUUGUUGAUUGCGAUUCGGAUGGUGGCGCUGGGGUUCUUCCUCUCGUGGCGGAUUCGCCACCCGAAUCCGGAGGCGGUGUGGCUGUGGGCGAUGUCGGUGGCGUGCGAGGUGUGGUUCGCCUUCUCGUGGCUGCUCGACAGCCUCCCCAAGCUCUGCCCCGUCCACCGCGCCGCCGACCUGGCCGUCCUCGCCGAGCGGUUCGAGUCCCCGACCGCGCGGAACCCCAAGGGCCGGUCCGACCUCCCCGGCAUCGACGUGUUCGUCACCAGCGCCGACCCGGAGAAGGAGCCGCCGCUGGUCACCGCGAACACCGUGCUCUCCAUCCUCGCCGCGGACUACCCCGUCGAGAAGCUGGCGUGCUACCUCUCCGACGACGGCGGCGCGCUCCUGUCGUUCGAGGCGCUCGCCGAGACGGCCAGCUUCGCGCGCACGUGGGUGCCCUUCUGCCGCAAGCACGGCGUCGAGCCGCGGUGCCCCGAGGCGUACUUUGGCCAGAAGAGGGACUUCCUCAAGAACAAGGUGCGCGUCGACUUCGUCCGCGAGAGGCGCAAGGUGAAGCGCGAGUACGACGAGUUCAAGGUGCGGGUGAACUCGCUGCCGGAGGCGAUCCGGCGGCGCUCCGACGCGUACAACGCCGGCGAGGAGCUGCGCACCAGGAGGCGGCAGCAGGAGGAGGCCGCGGCGGCGGCCGGCAGCGAGCUGGGAGGAGCGGCGGCUGCGGCGGUUCCCGAGACCGCCGCCGUCAAGGCCACCUGGAUGUCUGAUGGCUCGCACUGGCCGGGGACAUGGACGUCGCCCGCGCCGGACCACUCCCGCGGCGACCACGCCGGCAUCAUCCAGGCGAUGCUGGCGCCGCCGACGUCGGAGCCCGUGCUGGGAGGCGAGGCGGCGGAUUGCGGCGGCCUGAUCGACACCACCGGCGUGGACGUCCGGCUGCCGAUGCUGGUGUACGUGUCGCGGGAGAAGCGGCCGGGGUACGACCACAACAAGAAGGCCGGGGCGAUGAACGCGCUGGUGCGGACGAGCGCCAUCAUGUCGAACGGGCCAUUCAUCCUCAACCUCGACUGCGACCACUACGUGCACAACUCGGCGGCGCUCCGGGAGGGGAUGUGCUUCAUGCUCGACCGCGGCGGCGACCGCGUCUGCUUCGUGCAGUUCCCGCAGCGGUUCGAGGGGAUCGACCCCAGCGACCGGUACGCCAACCACAACCUCGUCUUCUUCGACGUGUCGAUGCGCGCCAUGGACGGGCUCCAGGGCCCCAUGUACGUCGGCACCGGCUGCGUGUUCCGCCGCACCGCGCUGUACGGCUUCAGCCCGCCGCGCGCCACCGAGCACCACGGCUGGCUCGGCCGGAGGAAGAUCAAGCUGUUCCUCACCAAGAAGAAGAGCAUGGGCAAGAAGACGGACAGGAGGGAGGACGACACCGAGAUGAUGCUACCGCCGAUCGAGGACGACAACGGGAGGCCCCUCGGCGGCGGCGGCGGCGGAGGAGAUAUUGAGUCGGCGGCGGUGCUGCCGAAGCGGUUCGGCGGGUCGGCGACGUUCGUGGCGUCGAUCCCGGUGGCGGAGUACCAGGGGCGGCUGCUGCAGGACACGCCGGGGUGCCACCACGGCCGCCCCGCCGGCGCGCUGGCCGUGCCGCGGGAGCCGCUCGACGCGGCCACCGUGGCGGAGGCCAUCAGCGUGAUCUCCUGCUUCUACGAGGAGAAGACAGAGUGGGGGCGGCGCAUCGGGUGGAUCUACGGCUCCGUCACCGAGGACGUGGUCACCGGCUACCGGAUGCACAACCGCGGGUGGCGCUCCGUCUACUGCGUGACGCGGCGCGACGCGUUCCGCGGGACGGCGCCGAUCAACCUCACCGACCGCCUCCACCAGGUGCUCCGGUGGGCGACGGGCUCCGUCGAGAUCUUCUUCUCGCGCAACAACGCGCUCUUCGCCUCGCCGCGGAUGAAGCUGCUGCAGCGCGUCGCCUACUUCAACGCCGGCAUGUACCCCUUCACCUCCGUGUUCCUCCUCGUCUACUGCCUCCUCCCGGCCGUCUCCCUCUUCUCCGGCAAGUUCAUCGUGCAGCACCUCAGCGCGACCUUCCUCGUCUUCCUCCUCGUCAUCACCCUCACCCUCUGCCUCCUCGCGCUGCUCGAGAUCAAGUGGUCGGGGAUCACGCUGCACGAGUGGUGGCGCAACGAGCAGUUCUGGGUGAUCGGCGGCACCAGCGCGCACCCGGCCGCCGUGCUGCAGGGCCUGCUCAAGGUGGUCGCCGGCGUCGACAUCUCCUUCACGCUGACGUCCAAGCCGACCAACGACGGCGGCGCCGGCGGCGCCGGCGCCGGCGGCGAGGACGACGCGUUCGCGGAGCUCUACGAGGUGCGGUGGAGCUUCCUGAUGGUGCCGCCGGUGACCAUCAUGAUGGUGAACGCCGUGGCGAUCGCCGUGGCGGCGGCGCGGACGCUGUACAGCGAGUUCCCGCAGUGGAGCAAGCUGCUCGGCGGCGCCUUCUUCAGCUUCUGGGUGCUGUGCCACCUCUACCCGUUCGCCAAGGGCCUCCUCGGCCGCCGCGGCCGCGUGCCGACCAUCGUCUUCGUCUGGUCGGGCCUCAUCUCCAUGAUCAUCUCCCUCCUCUGGGUCUACAUCAGCCCGCCGGCCGGCGCCCGGGAGCGCAUCGGUGGCGGCGGCGGCUUCAGCUUCCCCUAGCCGAAGAAGAAGAAGCCAAGACGGAUCACUAGUGUUAAGUAGCUUAUCGAGUUCAGUUUCUGAGGCUCUGAACUUUCUGAAGCUCACAUGAAGGAGUGCUUGCUUCAUGGAGUGUUGUCGAAUUCAAGUUCAGUAAAAGUAAUUUACCUAACUAUUGUGUGUGAUUAGUCGAUUAUCAUGUAUCAAUUACUUGUGAUUGAUUUGAUACUGGUGAUGUAUCAAGGAACCAAUUACUGAAGACAUGUCAUGAUUAUCUGUAGAGAACUGUGUAUGCUGUGUCCGUGCCUGAUGAAUUUCUGUUACUCCC